AUGCCCAAGCACAAAGAAAGAGAAAAUAGAAGGACAAUCCGAUUCAAUGGAAACGCGGCGUUCUGCUCUUCUCCUCUCAUCUCAGCCCAGCUCAGUGAUAUAAUGAAUUUAUCCAUUAGGUUUGGAUCAGCGGAAGAACCGCGUCUGACGGGGAAGGAGAAACUGAAAUUUUUCUUGGCUGUUCAUUGGAGAGGAAUAUGCUGCGUGGCAAUCCCUGUCCUUGCACUUCCUAUUUUAUUACCACCGCCAACAGAGGCUUACCAUUGGUGCGCAUUCACCCUAGUCAUUAUGGCUUGCUUCUGGGUGACUGAGUGUAUUCCAUUGGCGGUGACGUCAUUCUUACCAAUCAUCAUAUUUCCUUUAACAGGAAUCACUAGCACAACUGCAACUUGUUCAGCAUAUAUCAGUGACAGUUUAAUGAUGUUCUUGGGGAGUCUUAUAUUAGCCGCUUGUGUUGAGCAGUCGGGACUUCACGUGCGUCUCGCUUACUUUGCGAUUCGGACCAUUGGCUUUACCCAUAUCAGGCUUCUUCUUUCAAUGUCCCUCGUUACCAUGUUUGUUUCGAUGUGGUUAACGAACACUGCAGCAGUAACGAUGAUGGUACCCAUUAAUUUUGCCGUUUUAAAGGUUUUUGAAGAACAAAAAUUGAUGACAAUCUUUGAAUAUACUGCGGACGGUGAAAGAGUCGCAUCUGACAUAACUACUUGCUAUUUUUGUGCCGCUACUUACUCAGCCACAAUAGGUGGUCUUGGCACGAUAAUUGGUACCGCAACUAAUUUAGUCAUGAAAGGACUUCUGGUGAAAUCGUUUCCAUUGGUCCCGGAAUAUUUGUCUUUUCCGCAGUUCUCGGCAUUUAGCAUUCCAAUGAUGAUUUGUUUGGAAGCUACCAUGUUAUUAUCCUUGUGUGUAGUAUUUCUCGGUUGGCUUAGACCUAAAAGCACUGCCGCGAAACGAUCAUAUGUAACCCCUCAGGGCCAAGCGGCUGCGAAGGCGGUUGUUGACGCUAGUUGGAAAGAAUUGGGAUCCAUAACAUUUUGGGAAUAUAUGGUUAUUCUUUUAUUUGGUGGCUCAAUGGUUUUAUUCUUUUGUCGUUCUCCUCAAAUGUUUCCCGGAUGGGGUGAUAUUUUAGAAGAUAUAUUUGAUAGACCGCACAAGUUUAUAAAAGAUUCGGCUUUAGCAUGUUUGGUGGGAUUUUUAAUGUUUGUUUCACCGUCAAACUUGUCGUUUUUCAAAAAUUUUACAGUUAAAUAUUACGAACAACUACCAAAAAAACCAGUUACUUCUGUACUUGACUGGAAAAAAAUGGAUGCUUCUUUACCAUACAGCUUUAUGUUUCUUCUAGGCAAGUUGGUUAAUAAUAUCUGUCAAGUUUAA